UAUGUGUGUGCUAUGGCCUGGUUUGGACAGAGAUAACUAGCUUAAGAACUGAAACGCUAGCUUUUCUCACGCCUUGAAAAGAGUGGAGGAUAGAGGUGAAGUAAGAAAAUUCCCAAGUAGGAAAAAAAUCAUGGUAGCCGGGGAUAAAAACGAGGCAAGCUCAUUUUCCUUAUACUGUCUGACAAAAUGUUUUCAAAAACCAGUAACGUCCACCCUUGCAGAGAAGGGACAAGAUCAGCCGGAAGGAAUGCAUGGCAAGGGUUUGUCAGAUUCAAAGAAAGUAACACAGAAGAAGCCUGGAGGAUGGAAAUCCAUGCCUUUCAUCUUAGGAAAUGAAACAUUUGAGAGGUUAGCAACGUUUGGAUUGCUGGCCAAUUUUACAGUUUAUUUGGUGAAACAGCUUUCUCUGGAGCAGGUUGUGGCUGUAAACAUUAUGAAUAUCUGGUCGGGUAUUACUAAUUUUGCACCUCUGCUUGGUGCCUUUGUCUCCGAUGCCUAUGUCGGCAGAUUUAAAACUAUUGCUUUUUCCUCCUUUGCAUCUCUACUGGUAAAUUAACUUUCUUUCUUCUUCACAAAUUACCUCAUCAUCAUCUCUAAAUUUCAUGUUCUACAUAUUAAAAACCAGAGCUUCAGUGAAAAGCCUUAAUUAAUUAAUGAGACAAGAGAAAAAACUUUGUUCCCAUCUAUCUGAGUAGGCGAACCUCACAAUUAUGUGGUCUGUAAAAGAUGCAUGUGGUCUGAGAGAAAUGGUUUUACCUUUCAUUUCUGAUUUGUUGUACACGUAGUGGAUAACAAAGCUGCAGCCGGUUUCUAGGCCUGUUUUGGAAUGA